CUUGGAGUCGUUACCUAGGCAACCGAAUGUAAACAAGAUGGCGCCGCCGGCCUGAAGCCUCAAGAUGGGCGGGUGAGUCCCUUAAACUGUGAAGAUCAGGCAAACUGUUAAAACGGGUCGGGAGGCUGCUUUUCAUCCUCACAGGCGCGGCUCCUACCUAAUUCACCCAGGAACCCGCGUUAAGUCUCUUGCAGCAAAAACAAUGCAAAUCUUCGUGGCACUUUAAAGACAAAUUAUGCCAGCCCACGUAUUUUACUCAGAAGUAAGCCCCAUGGGAUUCAGUAGGAAUUUCUUCUAGGUAAGUGGGUAAAGGAUAGCAGCCCCCACAAUCCUGUGUACAUGCUUGCUCAACAUCCUUGCCCCACUUAAAUUUAAUGAGGUUUUCUUCUCUGGUAAGUGUGCAAUCCUUUGGCUGCCACCCCAAUCCUCCUUACUAGGGAGUAAGAGUGAGACUUACUGCUGAGUAAACAUAUACUGUAUAUAGGUUUGUGCUAUUAAACUGUAAUCCCAUGUGCAUGAAGCGGGGAGCUUGUGGUGCUCCCAAUGUCCUUGGGCUUCACCUGCCAUCGGCCCCAGCCUUAGGAUCCAAAUCCCAUUGAAAUCAGUAGGCUAUACUGCUGAAUGAACAGGGUUUUGCUGUGGAAGAUUCAUAUGUCAGAAGCUUUCAUGGGCUUCCUUCAGCCUUCUUCAUCAAAUGCAAUCUUUCUCAGUGGGCAGAUAUGAAUGGGGCACUGUUCUUGUAUAUUUUUGCACUCUGCAGACCCACAGAUAAGCAUAAGAAGAGUUCCUCUGGGUGAGACUAACAGCCCAUCUAGUCCAGCUUUCUGCUCACACAGGAUGUCUUUACACAAGCAGGACAUUAGUGCAACAGCACUUGCCAACUUAGAUUCCCAGUUUCCCAGAAACUGGGAUUUAGAGGCACACCACCUCUUAAUACUGGAGUUGCUAUAUAGCCAUCAUGAUUAGUAGCCACUGAUAGUCUCAUCCUCCAUGAGUUUGUCUGAUGCCCUUUUAAAGUCAUCCAAGUUGGCAGCCAACUGUGGGAAUUAAUUCCACAGGUACAACUUUAACUAUGUGUUGUGUGAAGAAGUACUUCCUUUUUGUCUUCUAGAAUUUAACUUCAUUGAGAAACCCCUGAUUCUCGUAUACUAGAGAGGGAGAAAACCUCUAUCCACAUUCUUCACACCAUGCAUGAUUUUAUAUAUUUCUACCAUAUCACCCUUUUUCUUAACUAAAAAGCACCAAACAUUGUAACCUUCCCUCGUAGGGGAGUUUAUCCAGUCCUUUGAUCAUUUUAGCUGUCCUUUUGUACACCUUUUUCUACUCUGCAAUACCCUUACAGUUUUCUUUGUGAUUCCUUUUCUAAUGAUCUACCACUUACAUUGCAGGUCUGGCUUUACUGUACAAUAUCUCCUCCUCUCCACUGCCCCGUAUCUGUGUGUAUGGUAUGAUAUGCCACCUGUGGAUAACACUUCAUGCACCUAACAAAAUUACCCCAAGUCCACAAAAUGUUACGCUCUGUGUUCCUUUGCAUCUGGCCACAUAAUAUUUGGUUCUUUCUCCCCAUAUAUUUUUCCAGUGCUGCCCCUCCAUUGUUAUUUUGGCACAUUGGUGCACGGCCCUUUCCUCAAGGAGCUCAGGCUGGAAUACAUCUAAAAAAAUUCUCAUUUUGUGCUCACAAAAACAUGAGAUAGAAACAGAUGCAGCCAUUUUUGUAGCUGACUUGAGUGCUCUGUGGGCUGUCAGGCAGAUUCAGAUGGUAGCUCUCUAGAUCGUAUCUCAGUUUGGUACUAAAUCUUACAGUCAGGAGUGCGAAAAGUUUCUCUGGCAAAAGAUGGUAAUUUUGUAGUUUAGACAGUCCUUGAGCUGGUCUUGCAAUUGUCUAGUCAGUCAUGUGAAUGGAUAGAGUGUCAGCCUAGGUUGACCCCUCACUGCAUCCAAUGUGUUUGGACUUUGAGUUUAGAGAUGCUGUAGGAGUGUAUCACAUCUUCAAAAAUUAGCAAUGUGCAGAGAUGUGUGCAUCAUAUAGAUAAGCCACAUAGGCAAUUCUGAGUUGCAUAUGUAUGCCACAAAUUGUAACGCAUUUCUAUCUCUCUCCCUCCCCUCCUCCUUAGAAUUUAAAACUGUAAAUUCGUGGUAAACCAUGACGUCUCCUCUUUCCUCUUUGGGGAAGAUUCGCAGGAUGCCACUCCAGUUGCAGACACCAGGGUAAGUGAGGGUUCAUUCAUACAACCACCUGGACAUGUAGGAGCCACAGAGAAAACCAGGGCCUGUUAGUUUUAUAACAGAGAAUCCAGCUUUCAGGUUCAUUCUAGCAUUGUAUGUACCUCACACCAGAAUUUGAAACUAGGAACGGUCUAUGUGUUUACAGUGUAGUUAUCUAGGGACUUUAUGGCCUCUACUCACAUCACAUUCUUGAAGUCACUCUUUUCAUUAUGUGUGCUCGUAUCAGAAAGCCAAAGGGCUGUGGCAUGACUUCCCAACUGUAGUGUAAAAUUGCAAGCAUGUUCUUCAUCAGUUAUGUUUGAAGUAUACAUUUACAUGGAUAAUCAUUGAUUUCUUGCCUGUUUUAUGAGUGACAACUCCUGAUUUCUUCUGGAUUUCAGAAAAAGGACAGCACCUUUCAAAGAGAGCAUUCAGAAUGGUGAGUGGUAAGAUCCUUGUCAUUGCUUUGUUUACCCUGUUCCAAAUAAUUAUGUAUAUAGCAGUGUAUGAUCUUUCUAAUUUCUCAUCAGUUCCUACAUAAACCUGUGGAUUACUCUUUCCCCUUUAUUGGCAAAGAAUUAGGCUGAGAGUGUAUGAAACCUAAGGCUACCCAAGAGUCAAUGGCAGAGUUGGAAAUUCAACUGUGCUCCAGUCAACUGGCUGUUUGUGAGAUGGGGGUGCCUGUUGUCUUUACAAUCCUUGCCUCAUUUGGCUGUGGUAACUAAUGAGGCUCAGGGCCUCCCCCUCACCCCCAACAGUUAAAAAAAUUGUCUAUGUUUUAAAUAUAUCAUUAGUGAUAUAUGAGCAUUUUUACUAAUCCUGAAAAAAAUCUAGUAAGCUGCAGUUUCUGGGUGCUACUAAUUAAAGUGGAAUAAUUCUAGAGAGCUCUGGAUAGGUUCCUCAGGGGAAGUAGAAGAUGUAGUUAGUCUUGACAGGAUCUUAACGAAGGAUCUUACAUUGGAAGUCCACCAGCUUAGGUUGAUCUAGAGUUUGGCUCACUUUUUUUUUUUACAGCUUACUUUACUUCUUGUCAAUUAGCCUUCUCAAUGGAAAUUGGUACAGUUGGCAAGUCUAGCUACUUUGUCUCCUCAAGGCAACAGACAUUUCUGCUUACACACACAUACACAUGCGUGCACCCACCCACACAGCAGAGGAAGUCCUUUUUGUGCUCCUCAUAAUGAUUUGAUCAUUUUUGUUCACAGAGGAUGAAGCAGCAAUGAUGGAUGAAAUCCUGGGGCCCAGAGCUCAGAUUCCAAUCAGCAGGCCUUCAUGCUCCGAUGGAACUGCAGAAAAACCAACGACAUUGGGUAUGAGUGGAAGGGUUGGAGAUGAGAUUGGUUUUGGGUAAUGCCAAGGGCUAACAUUAGCCAUGCAAAUUCAAGGUCUGGGAUGGUAAAGGCCGCAGCACUUUCCGCUAUUUCCUGUUUUUCUGUUUCCGUAGCUAACUCAGACAUUGUGUGCUCUAUGUUCUCGUUACAAGGGCUGUUUGUCUUUUGUGGUUCCUCAUGUAUAGAUCACAUUGGGUAACUGGGACAGAAUUUGAACUCAUGACAAUCUCAGCUCUGAGUCUCUAUUACUUCUAGCACUAAGGAUAGUGGAAAUACAUUUGAAAAUGUCCAAACUCAGAGAACUCUUGUUAGUAAACAUGCUGGGAUAAUAAACCAUGCUUUAAACCUGGCUUCUCCAAACUAACCAUAAUUUAAACUAGGGGUGGAUAACCUGUGACCCUCCAGACGUUUCUGCACUAUAGGUCUCAUCAUCUUUUGCCAUGGUGGCUGGGACUGAUGGGAGUUGGAAUCCAGCAAGUUCUGGAAAGCCACAGGUUCCCCAUCCCAAACUAAUAAUAGUUUUGCAGUUUGUACAUAAUGGGGAACUCUGGUAAGUUUGAAAUUAAAAGCAGAAGCUUUAAUCUCACCCUGCAUUGUUUAGCAUUAAAUCUGACAAGAUCCAGUGUUUUUCUUUUCAAGGUUGAAAGCCUUGUUGUUCGUUUUGUGAAGUCACACAGGUUCUACAGGAGUUUAUUUUAGUAUUUUUAAAAAACCUGCAGAACUUGAUUUUGACCAGAGGCAACAGUGGGGCAAAACAAAGAUAAGUACAUGUUGUAGGAAGCAAAACCUCCCUCCUACCCGUUUGCAGUUCUCUUAAAACCCAUUGUCUGCCUGUAGCGUAAGUUUAGAAAGAACCAUGCAUACUGAGAAAGUGUAUGCAAAAUCUCAGCACAAAUGACAUUGAUUUGUGUGAUGUAGUUUGAUUGUAGCAGGUGGGUUCCCUUCAUUUAGAACAGAGAUGGGGAACCUUUCUCAGCCUGAGGGCCACAUUCCUGUCUCAGCAGCCUUCCAGGGGCCACAUGUCAGUGGUGGCUGGGAACAGAGACAAAAAAGGGGAAAGCAAUGAACACAAAGUUUCCCUUUAUACAGCAGGCUAGUUUCUACACACACCUCUCUGUAGCCUCCAUUCAGGCCUCAUCAGAGUUGAAGGGCACAUUCCAGCUCGACAAAAACAUUCAAGGAGAGUAGGGCUGCUGAGGGGUGUGGUUCAGAGAGAGUCUCAAGGGCCAUUUAACCCUUGGGCCUCAGGUUCUCUACCCUUGAUCUAAAAAUGGAAUUGAUUUGCAUAGAGUAUGGACAGCAUUGCUGAUGAAGAUGUUUUUGCUCCCACGCUAAGCCAAGUGACCCACACUAACGUUGCCUCUGAGAUUAAAGGAUUUAGGUCCUUUAAGGAGAAUCAAAUUCUGGGACCUCACACAUGUCUGUCCAAUAAGCAACGCUCUUCUUUGCCAGCAUCAACACACUUUGCCACAUGCCAGUGAAGCCACAUGUACAGAGUUUUCUCUGUACACCAAAUUCUGCGCACAAUUUCUGCUUCUUUUCUUAACCAGGCCCUGAAAAACAUUUCCUUUUAUUUUUAGUUAAUUAGGUGACUAAUGAACAGAUAGAAACCCAAAUGUUCAUGCAGCACAUUUAAAAAUAAAAAAACCACGCAGCCCACCAGAAGGAUGGGGGACGGGACGGGGACUGAUGCCUGAGUCAGCAGUGGAACAGCCAGCCUGCACAUCUCUUACUUAAGUUGAAAAGCCAGGAAAACAAGAUUUUCUCUGUAGAUGGGGGAUAAAUAAAUAAAUAAAUAGGGGUUUUCAAAAGAAUUAAGAUUGUACAGCUGGGCAAUGCAGGAUCUGUGUCAAGACAAAUGAAAUUCUGUACCCUGUAUAAGUUAUGGAAACAGAACUUUUGCAUAACUUAUUUUAUUUUGCAUAUUUUUCCUGCACUUUUAAAAACAAAGUUGCAUGUUUUUAUUCUGGUUUCACUUGUCACAGGGAUUGGCAAGGAGCUUUUCAGGGCACUAGGUCUGCAUCUCCAGCCACCAGAAUUAUUAUCUAACCACCUCUCACUUCAACAUGCCUUGCUCACCUCUACACUUUCAACUAUAUCUUUGCAACCACAAGGUCUAGAAACUUAAAAAAAAAACAAAAAACCAAAAGCUGAGACUCUCAGGAAACUGAAUUCUAGGUCAAAUACCUGUACAUUCUGUGCUUUCUCUUCAUUUCUUAAGAAUCAAGGCAUACAGUGGUACCUCGGGUUACAUAUGCUUCAGGUUACAUACGCUUCAAGUUACAGACUCUGCUAACCCAGAAAUAGUUCCUCGUGUUAAGAACUUUAACCUGAAGCACCACUUUAGCUAAUGGGGCCUCCUGCUGCUGCCGCACCACCAGAGCACGAUUUCUGUUCUCAUCCUGAAGCAAAGUACUUAACCCAAGGUACUAUUUCUGGGUUAGCUGAGUAUGUAACCUGAAGCGUAUGUAACCUGAGGUACCACUGUAAUUAAAAGCAUCAAUAGAACACCAGUGAAUAUUGGCUGGUCCAAAAAGAAAUUCAUAUUGUGAAGGCUUGUAUAAGCAGUGGUUUUUCAGAAGACAUCUCGGGGAAGGCAGAGAUGGCUCCUGCCGAAGCUCUACUGGCAGGGAGUUCCACAGGGGAGGGCCUGCCACAUUAAAUGCUUGGCCCCUAGUGAUGGCCAACUGAAUCACAGGGGAACCACCAGAAGUGCCCAGUCAGAGGACCUCAGUGCUCAAGGGGCAGUCUAAGUUAUCGGAUGGUCCUCAUGGUACUUUGGACCCAAGUUGCUUGAGGCUUUGUGAAUUAACGCAAGUACAGUGGUACCUCGGGUUACAUACGCUUCAGGUUACAUACACUUCAGGUUACAGACUCCGCUAACCCAGAAAUAGUGCUCCGGCGGCGCGGCAGCAGCAGGAGGCCCCAUUAGCUAAAAUGGUGCUUCAGGUUAAGAACAGUUUCAGGUUAAGAACGGACCUCCGGAACGAAUUAAGUACUUAACCCGAGGUACCACUGUAUAUGUGAGUCGCAUCUAGCUCCAGUUGUAUCCAUUCCUUCUUCUCUUUCCUUUUUUGCUCUUUUGGGGUAACUAGAAGGAGGAAGGGAGGAGUGAAAGACUAAGUUUAUGCCAUGGUGAGGAACAUUGUUCCCUGGCUUCCUGUAUGUUUUGAUCCUUCUGAGUACAACAUAGAAAAUCUAGGGUGAUUGGCAAUAGCCAUAUUCCCAUCUUAGGGAGAGAGUUCAUGUACAGAUGUGUGAGUUUGUGCAGAGAAUCUGUGAAAAAUAGAGUUUACCACCUACCACUAAAAUGUCAGCCUAUGUCUGGGAUCCAACAUAGCUGCACCUCCGCAGUCUUCCCCCACUGGUGACCCAGAUACUAGUCCUCUGUUGUUUCCGCCAAGGAUUUGGGCAGAGAGCCGACACAGACAACAUACCAAGCAGUCUGGCUCUGUGCUCCAUUUCCAAGGAGCACAACAUGCCAUUGUCGGGUUGGCAUCUCGAUAGAACAUUUGACACCAAAUUGUUCUCACGAUCUGUUGACUUUGUGCCUUUAGGGUCUGCUCCCAACGAUAUGGAGCUGAUGGCCUCCAUGAUGCAGAAGAUUGCUUCCUUGGAACAGAGCAUCAAGAGCCAAGCACGGGCAAUAUACCACAAGGUGAAAAUGCCAGGCUUCAAAGGAACUGCGUUAGGGUGGCAACAGUUCAAACUGUUGAUCUCAGAAUCAUGCUAAGAUUUUAUUUAUUAGAUUUUUUUUUAUUCAAGUGUUUAUUACUUAAUUAUUUUUUCUAAAUUGCAUAAAUCAAUCUGGGUGGGUGGGUGUCUCACAACAUGGUAUGCAAAAAAAUAAAUAAAUGAAUGAUAAAAUUACAAUCAUUUAUGCUAUGUAUAGGCUGCCUUGUAACAGAGUGCACUGUGAGUGGCUAAAACAGCAACUUUUUAAAAAGCCAUAUGGGAAUAAGAAUGCAAUGCCUCAAGUAAAAACACACCAGAUAAGGACAAAACUAUACAUUUUAUAAAAAAAAUCAGAAGAAUAGAGAAAAACAAUAUUGAAAGAAACAUAGCGUAAUUUUAAAAGCCUUAAAAAAUGUAAUGCCCUUGCCUAGUGUAAAGAAAAGAAAAUUAGCAGAGCAAUCCAAACCUACAAUCUUCUGCUUUUGUCGCUGCUGCACUGCUGAAAAUGCAGACAGGCACUGGCUGUUGCAGGGAGUAUCCUUGCUGGCGGUCAAGAAUCUUUGCUGAUCCAGCUACCAGCAAUGUUCCCAAUUUAGACCCCUCUGGUACACCAUCCUGGAGCUGUUGCAGGGCAGGGGAGGAGGAUGAAGCUGCCCUCCAUCUCCCACCCAGGACAGCAUGAGUGGAGGGGCUUCAGGUAUGGCAGUGGCUCCAACCGUUCUGCUUACAGAGGAGAGAGUUAGAAUUACUCCAAAGAGUACAGCUUACCUGAGGAGGACAUUCCACAGCCAGAGAGCCACGAUGGAGAAGGCUCAUUCACUCCUAGCCACUAUCAGUAAACUCACAGCGGGAGGAAAGAUGGACAGAUCAGUCUGUUUCUGAUCAUGUGUGUUGAGUCAUAGCACUAUUUUAUUUAUUUAUUCAUUCAUUCAUUCAUUCAUUCAUUCAUUCAUACCUUGCCUUUUCCCCUAAUGGGACUUUAAAGAGUCUUGGCUUCCCCCCACCAGAGAAUCCUAGAAAAUAUAAUUUGUUAAGGGUGCUGAGUUGUUAUUCCCCUUGCAGAGCUACAAUUCCAGAGUUCCUGGGAAGAGGGAUUGAUGGUUAAACUACUAGGGAGAUCUCUCUGCAACACAGAAGGGGGCACCCUGCAGAUACCACCAUAUCUGAAGGCCUGCUUCAUAACAUGAAGGAAUCUUGCCUUUAUUGUGGCAGCACCUACUCUUUGGAACCCCAUGCUCCUACAUAUCAGACCCGGGUUGACUCUAAUGUAUUUUUAGCGUCUGUUGAAGACUUUCCUCUUUGAGCAAGCUUCCAGAGUGGAAUCUUAUCCCAGUCAACAUCUGUAUUGACUUUGAAUUUGGUUUCCUAUAUAUGCAAUUGUUCUGCUUGUAUUGAUGCAAUUAUUUUGUAUAUGUUUUUAUUCUGUUGUGAAUUUGCUUUGAGAUGCUUCAUAGGAAGCAGUUCAUAUAUGACAUGGAAUUAAUAGUGACUGGUAUUAAGUUUUGCCUUUUAUAUUUGGAUCUGCAGGAUAAGAAGAUUGAGGAGCUUGAGGAGCAGAUAAAAAUCCUUAAGAAAGGAAAAGGUAACAUUGUGGCACAUGUCUCAAUGCUUCUUCUUUUUCACUUCAACUAGAGGCAGGUGCCAGGUUUUGCUAGACUUGAGGGAUGUGUAGCUGAAGUCCAGCCUCCAGGCCACAGCAGGGUGUGUAUGAGCAUGUGGAGAGAGCAGCUUUCGAGGCCUCACCAUAAUGCAGGUCAUGUUUUAAGCUCUAAGGCACCAGUAAGUCCAGAACUGGCCAGGUCACCAUAUGGAAUUGCCUAUUGGAAGGAAGUGUGUUCGAAGGUAGAACACUAACCUUCUCUUCCAUUCUGAGUCAGAACAUUAAUUUAUAACAGAGACUUGGACUAUUGCUGCUCUUUGUGCAGUUUAAUAUUAAUCAAAAUGAGGAACCCCUACAUAUCUUUGGGUGUUUUUUUCUCCACAAGCUGAAUCUUCUUGGGUGAGCAGAGCAGAGGAACUGGAAGUGAUAUGCCUUAAGUUGCAGCAUCAGGUCUGGGAAAUGGAGGUAAGAUUAAUGGGAGAGAGAGAUUAUUAUUAUUUCUCUAUGAAUCUGAGCUUAAUUUCUAUUCAUUCUAUGGGUGGCUACUGGGUUGGACAUGAACAAGAGCCUUUGAACAAACUAACCUCUCAGAGUCCUUGGUACCAGACAGAAAUGGGAGGGAGGGGAAUCUCUCUUUUGCCUUUUUUUUUUUUACUCCUUGUCUUAAGACAAUGAGAAGCGGGGGAAGCAAGAUCUCUAAGUUCUGGUUGGCCUCAGGUCUUCCAAAUCCCCUGGGUUUGAAUACGAGUUGGGCUCUGAGGAACUUUCACAUCAUCCUUAUUUAAAAUUGAUUUAAUUGGGUUGCAGCCUUAAAUAAAAGUUCAUUUUGGGAAAGUAGCAAUUUUAUUUUUCCUUCGCUAUUUUUCUAUUCUCACCAUUGGUUAGGCUGUCCUCCUUCAUGUCUAAAUUGUCCCCAUUUCCCCCUAUGCAGCUGUUUCUGAAUGACUAUGGAUUGAUCUGGGUUGGAGAAGGGACAGACUCUUUGGGAGAAGUGCAGGCACAAAGUGAUGAAAGGAGUGAGCUGUCAAAGCAUUACUGGAAACCAGGUUUGCCGGGACAAAAGACUGCCCUGUUUUAGAUACCUUAAGACAACAGAGCAUAUUUUACUUCCAUUUAGACUGUAAGCUCCUUGGCGUAGAGACCAGUCUUUUCGUUUACAGAACUCAAUAAUAUGCUAUGUACAUUGAUGGCAUUGUAUACAUCAUAAAUUAUCCCCAUUGUCAUUCAUUUAAUAACCUUACAAAUCAGCAUUACCAAGAUUCUCAUAGCAAAUAAUGCAAACUUGUCAGGCACAAGUGGUUUUGGAAAAAAAGUUUCCAAUUUAUUAAUUUUAAUUAAACUGUUUUAGUCGUACCAUAAGCCAGUUUCUGAAAGCUUUUGCCUUGAAAAGCAGGGUAUAAAUGGAGAAAAACUCCUAAUAACUAUCCUGAACCUUGAGGUAUCAUGUACCCUGCUUUGCAACUACUCCACACCUAGAGCACAAAAUCCAUAUUUGUCCCUAUGGGUUGUACACAGUGUAUGACUAAGUAACUUGUUACUUUAGCACAAGGAUUUAUGCUUGUGCAACAGAACUACUCCCUCUCCUUUCUGUUUGUAUUCCCCAAAUUUGUUCUUGGGGGUUUCCCCAACCCUCCAGAGCAGAUUUGGGAAGGGCACAGGGCAUGUCCAGGAGGAGGAGAGGGUGGAAAGUUCAGUUGAACAAGCCUAAGUCCUUGCACUAACAGAGCAAGUGCAUUGGAUACCACCCUAUGUAAUCCAACUCUAAUUGUAGAAAUAUUGUCCUAUUGACAAUAUUCCUCCAUUAAUUUGUCAUGGAAACUGCUUUUCUUGAUGCUGGAAAAGAUUUUGCAGUUAAAAUGCAGUGUUGAGAGUUUCUCUUCCCCUUAGUCAUUUCUCCUCCUUUUGUCAUAGGUGAAUCCAUCGUUUCAGAAACCAAUUUUGAUUUAAUUUUUGCAAACCUGAAAGAUUUAAAUGCUUUGGCUGGGGAAGGCAUGUCCCAAAUCGAGCACACGGCAGGGGGUGCUAGGCUGAAGCAGCUGGACUCAAUCCCCCUCACCUUCUAUCAAAAUGGGAUUGUCAUGUUCAAAGGGCCUUUCCGGUCAUAUGAAGAACCUUCCACGCAGGUAUGAAUCAAUACUUAAAGAAAUUUAAUCACCGACUGGCUGGCUGGCUGGAAGGCAGGUGUAGCCAUAGUAAUGGCUACAUGAUGACAAAGCAGACAUUCUUGUGUGCCUUUCCUGAUAGCACAAAAUCCCCACUUUCUGCCCAGAAAUAAGUUAUAGCAUUUAUGACUCCUUCCAAUUUCUUGUAAGAAGCCUGAUAAGACGACAAGAUUAUAUACAGUUAUGCAUAAUUAGGGUGGUCAAGGUUCAGUGGAAUUGCACUCAUUCACUUUGGACGGGUGCAAUCUUCUCUGAAGGCUAGUGCUCAGAGCUUUGACUGGUUCUGCUAGUUUCUAGCAGAAGCUGGCUGUGCAUAGUGCUGAUUGGCCGACAUCAUGAAAGCACAUCUCCCACUUUCUGCAGCAAUUUUUCUUGUCUAAAAAUGAUUGACUUGUAAUAAUAGUAAUAAUUUGGCACAAGCAUAGACCAAAUUGAUGCAUUUGCGAGGUUCUUGACCUUUUUAAAAAACGAAAGCCUGCCUGAGGCAGGGGUGAGGGGGAAACGAGAAUAACCAUAACUGGAUUCAGAUGCAAUACCUAUGUAAUGUGACAGACUUUGGACUUUAACAUUUCACCCUGUGCAAUGCCAAAAUUUGGCACCUCCUGCCUCUUGCCAUCCAUUAUUUACCAUUGUUGCAGCACCCCCUGUGGUGCCGUCUCGGCUUGGCGCCCAAUGUGGGCGAACUUGUUGUGCUCCCCUAAAUUCGCCUCUGAUGUGAGGUGGGGAUGAUGACAGCCAAGCUCUUCUUGCAGUAGAAAAAAAUAUAUGCUGCCUUAUGCUUGCACAUACAUCUGUAUGCACCACAGUUUUCAGGAGCUCAGGUGGAUGGUACAGUGGUAGGCUACGAAAGUUUGCUUUCUCUCAGGCUCCAGCUUAUUGGCUAAAUGGGGAAUCUGAUCACCUAAAUCCUAACAAACCAGAAUCAGUGACUUCUACAAAACCAUAAUCUGGGUAAACAUGGGAUAGGCAAUCUCAGGCCCAAGGGCCAAAUGCUGUCUUCCAGGCUUCCCUAUCUGGCUGUCAGAACUCUCCCAGACCACACACUCUGUCCCUAGGCCACACUGCUCACUGGCCCUUCUUCGCCCCCCCCAAGUGUUUUUGCUGUGCUGGAAUGUGUGCAUGAACUCCAAUGCCUGGAUGGAGAAUAGAGAGGGCUUUGGGAGUGUGUGUUGAAAUUGGUCUCCUGUACAAAUGAUGAAAUUUACAUUGCAUGCCCCGCCUACUUUUGCCUCUGGCCCCACCCAGCACUGACAUGUGGCCCUCAGAAGAUUGCCCAGAAGGGAAUGCGGCUGUCAAGCUGAAAAGGUUCUCCACCCCUGGAACUGACCAGUAAAUCAUGAAGAAUUAGGGGCCGGGGCAGGAAAAGUAUAACAGGGAAGAGAUGAAAGAGAAUGAAGGUAUUGAACCUUGCAGGGUAGGGACAUGGUGAAGGAAGCAAAUAAAGAUUCAGAGCUGCAGCAAAGCCCAAUUCCCUUUCCACUGCAGAGGGCAGAGGAAAGGACUGCCAGGACGAGUAUUUCAUAGUGAUCUUGAAAUAAGAGGAACUAUUUAGCAUCUGUCCAUGAAGAGACAAGAGAUGAAAAUUCAGUCCCUCCCAAGGGAAUUGUGCUAUUAGGCUGGAGUGGGCAGGAAGUAUACUGUGGCCCGUUGGCCCACUUCCAGUGGGUCACUUAGUACCAGCUGGAUGCUGAGAUUCUUGCAAAUAAUGUUGGGCUAGAUGGAUUUUGGCUGGAUCUUGAACAGUAUCUUAUGUUCUUAAGUGGGAGUGCAUAGUCAGGGUCACUGAACACAGAUCUGGAGCAUGCACUCUUGCUUUAUAAAUUUAAAAUGUGCCAUUGAACCACGAGGCAUCUCGUUUUUUAAAAAAGAAAAGACUACAGAAUCCAGGAGUCAUCCUGCCCUGAUCUAAGGCACUCCUUCAGAAACACAGUAUGUGCCUCCUUGAAAGAAAGCUACCAAGGCUCUUCAGGCCCACGUUAGCAGCAUUUCUAUGUGCUGUUUGAAUAUAUUCACAAAUCACAUAGAAAGAUGGGUUGGGUGAGUAAAAGGGAAAUGAGGGGGGUGAGUGCAGUACCCUCUCCUGCCUGCGGUCUGCACUUGCCACAACCCCUUUCUCUGGGUUUUUUACUUGAAAAUUGUAUCCCCCAUCCCUCUCUGUGUAUGCGAUUGGCACAGUUUCAACCUGAAGGAAGUGCCCCCAUCAUGCUUACUGUGGCCAUCUUUCUAGAAAUGAGUUACAAGUUAAGGAGGAAGUAACGGAAAGCAAGAAUGAGCACAGGGCUGUUCUGCUUCUGACUUUGAAACCAUUCCAGCUUCCGUCCUCAAGCACAAAGUCCCACCUGCUGCCUCUGCAACUGUCUGAAAGUUGUCCUAUAUAACUCACACAUGGGACCUUUCUGUUUGCAGCCAUUGCAGCUCCCUACGCAUAAUGAGCAAGCUGCUGGACUCUUCACCACAUGUAAAUCCUUCAAUUUUGAACGUCCUUCUUCAACCCCCACAGAGAUGGUUUGCAGCAGCAAGCAGGUUGCCAGGCUUUCCUCCCAGUGAAUGAGUCAACUAUUGGCUGGACAUUUUUAAAAAGCAGUACUGUGUAUUUUUGAGCACUCGGUUUUGUAACUGCCCAGUCUCUACAAUUUUUUACCAGGAGAAACCUGUGGUGAAAAGGGUGCAGGUUCUUUCCUAGCAGAUGCCUGAACAAAGCUUGACUUUCCUUAAAAAAAAAAAAGUUGAUAGUUCUUAUGGUUGAAGAGAAACUUUAAGCUUAAGUCUCAGUCCCUGUGAAGGGAAGACAUGGGGUCUAGUGACUAAACUCUCACACCCUCUUUUGGGAGAGUGUACUUAUUUUUAAGAGACUUCAGGCUGUACUCCAGUUUACACAACCUUCAGACUUGCACUGUGUAGGACUGAGUCACAGAUCCACAUGUAGGGUACCCAAGCAGUGUCUCAUCUGCAACCUGACCAGGCCAGACUGCUUAGCUUCCACAAGGUAACUGGGCCAUGUGCCUUCAGAUCAUACCCUAGUACCGAGCUUGGUCUAUCUGCAAGUGUUUUCACUUUACAAAGAUCUGAAUGGUAUAGGUGAGCUAUGUGGAAGCCAGGGAGGUCUGUAAGCAGAGUGCUGGAUGCGGGCCUGGCUUCAAAUCUGACUUUUCAUAAUAGGCUCAUUGUAUGGUCUUGGGCAGAUCUCAGUGGCUUCCAUGCUGCAUCUGUAAACAUGGGGAUAACAACAAUUAACUUUUGUGGUGGUGGUGGUGAUAAAUGAAAUAAGGAAGAUGAGCUGAGUAAACCGAAAACUAAUUUGCUCUUCAAAAUUAUCUUCAAAAUUAUUUUCUGAGCAUUAUGAGGUAAAAUCUUUCCUAGCUGUUCUCUGAAUAUUUGAUAUCAAUAUUCAGAGAUAUUAGAUAUCUGGCAAGGACAUGCAGUGAGAUUCAGAUCUUGUGUUUGACACCUGCUAGAAAGGAAAGCUGUCUGGAAAUACCUCCAGAUCUAAGGAUGGGUACACACAAUAUGAAAUAGAAGGCUGCCCGCCUCCCCAAAUGGCAGCCCUGUAUUGAGUUCCCUCUGACCACCCCCCCAUAACCUUUGCUGUAUCCUGGUAUCAUUAUUCUCAGCAUUAACCAACCCCAGUUGAUGGUGUGAGGGUAGGGAAAUAUGCCCAGCUUUGUGGUUGUACCCCAAGGAGGAGGAAGUGAAACCCGACAGUGUUAUGACCCAGACUGCCAGCAGCACCCUGAACACUGACUUGGAGAGAGUAGACAGCUGAACCAGGAAGCAUUGAUUGGGGCCCUGACGUAAUCUGCCAUCAAGGCCCUUCUAAGUCAGGCGUGCCCAAAUCUGAAAUGUUUGAGCCACUGACUCCCAGUGGCUGCAGCUCCAAAGCCAGACACCAGCAACCUAGUCUCAAAUGUGCCUCCAAGCCUGCUCACCACAACAGGCAGAGGUAACAGAGUGUCAGGCUCCAAACAGAGGACUGUCUCUUUAAAGCCUAUCAACCUCUUGACCAAAAUGUGCUGGGUCAUCUUGAGGUGGAGAAUGAAAUCAAGGAGGCAUCCAGAGCAAAGGGCUGGUGGGACCUGGUUUGUGCCUAUACUCAGGACCAGGGGCUAUAGCUCAGUUAGCACCAGCAGUCCUUGGAGCAAGUGGUCUACCCCCUAAGACUUGUCCAAGGUUCUGAAGGCUGUGGCUCUGAUCUGCCUGUCAGUCCCCUGCUCUUGCUACCUGCUACAGACCACUGCCAGAAUUGCUGCCACCAGAUGCUGCUGUGGGCUCAUGCUCACCAGGACUGGGCACUCAGAGCUGCCUCCCAAAGUUGUAGUCUGCUUCUUCCUUAUUGUGGGUUUCUCUUCCCUGAACUGUUUUGAAUUUGAGCUACAAUUUCUCUUUCAUAUUGAAUAUUUUGCAGUCAGAAUUGGAUUGGUGAAAUGGAGGUUGUUGGCACAUUUACGUUUUUUUAUGUGCAUUUUUUGUUUCACCUCCAGCUCUGGUAAGAGAGUAUUCUGUAAAUUGAAAUAAAUGAGAGGUAUUCCUUUAUCUGGACUGCUUAUUGUGGUUGUUCAGUCACCAGACAGCCCUGGGGGCCUCUCCUGUGGUUCCUGCGGGUGCUAUUGCACCCUUAACCCUGCCCUCCUCCUCCCUUAGCACCUGCCAAAGCCUCUGUUCCUCCCAGUGUUUAUUUUUACUUCAAAAUUUUAUUUUAUUUUAUUUCAAGCUUUUUUGGCAUGUUCUUUUAUGGCUGUUUGGUUGGUUCCUUUUUCCAUUUUUCUCUUGAUUCAUUUUAAUUCUGAGGGGGCUGUAGGUUUUUUUAGUUGUUUCAGUGUUCUGAGCAUCACCAAUUGUUCAUCUGUGAAAUUUGUAUUUUGUGGUUCUCGUGAUAGUGUCUUAAACUGGUCCCCAGGCCCAAAAAAUGUUCAGGGGUACUACCACCCUCAGUAUAGAGAAAAAUCUGACAUGUGGGCCCUGCUUGUGGUUUCAGCAACUCCUACGAGAUAUCAUGGACGGUUACUUCCCUUCUGAGCUGCAGAAGCGUUACCCAGAUGGUAUCCCAUUUCAGGUAUGCCUCCCCCUGCUCUCCUACAGCUUCCUGUUUAUUGAGUUCUUCAUUUGCAGAAGUUUCAUUUGCUUAUCAAAAAUGUGGUCUGAAGUUAGAGCAGCUCCAUUGUUUAAGCAGAACUGAGAACCUCUUUUUACUCUAAGCAGUUAUAAUGGUUUUUCCUCUUUCAGGAACCGAUUGUUCUAUAUAUGAGGAACUAAGUGCUUUUUGCUUAAAAAACUGGAACACUUAUCAGUUCUUAAAAAUGGAGAUUCCCUCCUUUAAAAAAAAAUAUUUUCUGCGAUCAUCAUUGGUUGUUCUGUGUGCAGUAAUAGAUUAUCACUGACUGUGUGGAUGAACAUUCUCUGGAGAAAAUGAAUCUGUGCUUCAUUUUGAGACCCAAGAAAGGAAGAGGAGUGGGAGAAGAGAGCUCUCAGGCAAAUGGGAAGAAUAAUAGGACAUGAUCUCUGAGAAAAGGGCAGACCAAAAAGCCAGAAAAUGUUAGACAAGAGGUGGGGAACCUGUGGAUCCCCAGAUGUUAUUGGACUCCAGCUCCCAUCAGCCCCAGCAAGCAUGAUCAAUGGUCAGGGAUGAUGAAAAGCAUACAGGUGCAAGUUACCACAAAUUAAGAAAUAUGUUAUCUUCUGCAAAAUGACAGUUCCUGAAAGUGGCUAUCAUAUUUGGUAGGCUUGUCCCCAAGUUGUGUUUGCUUUAUGGAAAGUUGAAACUGUCAUAAUAAAUGAUCUCCUGUUGUGCAGAAAUUCUUCUUUUAGAUUAUGCCCAAUAUAAGGCAAGUAAAGAAUAAGAGAUUAACUUGCUAUAAACAGCCAAGUUUGAAAAAGCAUGUGACUGGAACGUUGCUGCUUCAUCUAUUGAGAAUUGAUUAGAAGAGGAUUAAAUAUAUCGCUUGUGGUAAAACCUAACUGAUUAGGGGGCCAUACUAAGCUCCCUGAAGAGUCAUUGGAUGUUGUGGACCUCCCUCUCUGACUACAGAGAGGGAGGCCUGCGAGUAGAGAAGGUCUGCCAUUGGAGACCUUCUUGGGGGAGCCAUGGAAACCACACUAGGUAAAAGGUAAAGGAUCCCUGGACGAUUAAGUCCAGUCAAAGGUGACUAUGGGGUUGCAGCGCUCAUCUUGCUUUCAGGCUGAAAGAGCCGGCGUUUGUCUACAGACAGCUUUCUGGGUCAUGUGGCCAGCAGGACUAAACUGCUUCUGGCAAAACGGGACACCAGGACGGAAACCAGAGUUCACAGAAACGCUGUUUACCUUCCUGCCGCAGCGGUACCUAUUUGUCUACUUGCACUGGUGUGCUUUCAAACUGCUAGGUUGGCAGGAGCUGGGACAGAGCAAUGGGAGCUCACCCCCAUCUGUGGGGAUUCAAACCGCCAACCUUCUGAUUGGCAAGCCCAAGAGGCUCAGUGGUUUAGACCACAGCGCCACCUGUGUCCCACUCUAUUAAUGUUCUGAUGCAACUGAGGAAAGGGUGUGUGUUGGAGGCAGAUUGUGGGAGGCCCUAGAUUCACAGGAUACAAGGCCUUUUGUUCCCUGAACAUGCCCUUGAUUAGGAAGUAAUACCACACUCUUGAAGCUGGUGUAGUUCUUUCUUUUCCAUUGAAACCAGUUGCAGCAGGAAUGGGGGGGGGGGGAGAAAAAGUAAACAGAGAGAGGGGGACUGCCACCCAUCCUUUGACUAGGCCAGUGCUAGCCCAGGGGUGUUAAUAAAGUGGUGCCAUAGUCUCUUCUCCCACCCCUACCACCUUCCAUGGGAUUGCUGUGCCCUUCUGUUUUAGAGAAAGAAGGGAAAUGAGGAAGUCAUUUAUCAAUAAACUAUUUUUAACUUUCUAGAGUAGUGUAUUCGGGUGGAACUACUGAUACAGCAUUGCUCUGAUCCUUGUCAGCAGAAGUGAUUUAUUAAGAUGGUGUGUUUGCUUUGUUUGAAGGCAACUGGAGCAGUUUCUUCCAAACAGGUGGGAGGAAAGUGUAUUGCUUUCUUGCCCAUUAUUCGUAAAUAGGUGGAGGAAACUGUGUUUCUUUGUUCUCAUUAUUCAUAGAUGAGUGGAAAAUGUUUUACAUAAAAGAGAAAAGAACAAGAACAAGGAAAUGUGGUCUGGGGUUUCUGAAAAAAGCCCCUGUGAGACAGCAGAAGGGAAGCACCUGCUCCCUUUCCUUUUGCAGGUGAAGUGUGGGGAGCGCCAGAACUGAACAGUCAGUUAGACUCAAGCAGGGAAGAGUGCACAAGCCGCAGGGUCCAAAAGUUAGCUGGGGCAGAGGAUCCUCUCUAGAGGAUCAUACAGUUAGAGAUCCAGAACAUGUGACAGCUGGGCCUCUUUGGCUUCAUAUACCUUUCUGGUUUCCCAUUUGCUCUCACCUUCUAGUUUCUGAGAGAUAGUUAUAGAAUCAAGUAGUGAUGUAUUUUUGUUCGGUACUAUGCUGUGUUGCCAGAGGGAUUGUCCGCGUGUCAUGGGAGAAAAUUCACAGCACAAAGGAAAGUAAUGCAUUAUGUAGCAGGAUAACCAGAAGCCUUUCUCCCACCAUGCUUAUUUUCAGAGCACAUGCAGAGUGUUUUUUCUAUAUGUGUGUGUUUCUUUCUUUUUCUAGGAUAAUGUUUCACAUAUGCAACCCACUUCUUCCCAUAGCCCAGAUUGAGCAGUCUGGAAAUGAGCUGCCACUUGAUUUUGUGGAUUGCAUAAACUGGCCCUGAGUUUGCUUCUGGAUUUUAAGUGGUGGCUCUUGGAUUAGAUUCAUGUAGCUUUUCUGAUAGAAGGAAAGAACAAGGGGUAGGACCCUCUUUUCUUUUAUACAGCAGCUGGUCUGGUAGAGGCAGUGGCACAUCUUGGAUCAUUGAGACUCCUCACACAAACACAUUGGUUUACGAUGGCUGCAGAAAAGGCCUUGCUUGUGGUGGCUCCCAGCCGAGGGUUGUAUCCAACCUAAGUUUUACUCAGAGUAGUCUCUUGAAAUUACUGGACAGUGCUUAGCCAUCCCAGUCUACUCAUGAGUAGGACUAGAUUUGAAUACAACCCUGAAUGUUUUGCUUUGAGUGAACCUUUUUUGACCCACCUCUCUCCAAGUGUGGUUUAUUGAGUUUUGAUCAAGCAUUACCAGCUUGAUAGGCAGUGCCACUGUGGCAACUGUCCUGCUGAUCAGGCUGAGGCAUCCCUGCUGACUGAUCAUUUGUUUUGCAGUUUCUGCACAAGGAAAUGAUGACUUCUCUUCCAUCCUCCAUUUGUCACUGCUGCCAACAUUUACUAACACUUCCUUGCCUAACACUGAACUCUGGAGUUUGGGGUUAGGUAGGGCAUUGAAUAGCAAUACGGGUCUCUUCCACAGGUCACCGACAAGAGAGACACCGUAUUUCAGGAGAGGAAGCUGCAGCACAAAAGUUUUCCAGGCCAGGGCCAUGUCAUUGGCCUUGCCAGACCAAGUGGAUUAAAGGAGACAAAUGAGAUACCAGGUGAGAUGGUGGUUAAUGGUGAGUGUAGGAAGGACCCUAACUCAGCAGCAGUAUUUGCCUGGCAUGCAGAAGGUCUCAGGUUCAAUCCCCAGCUUCUCUAGGUAGAGCUGGGAACGGUUCCCUCUCUGCUGCAUAGCUGCUGCCAGAAUAGACUUUACUGAUGGACCAGUGGUCUGGCUCACUAUAAGGCAGUCUCCUAUGUUCUUGUUCUUAUUUGUUUGGUUUCCUUUAAUCUCUCUCUUUGUGUGUGUGUGUGUGUGUGUGUGUGUGUUUGUGUGUGUCGUUCAGUGUUUUAAAAUUCUGGUCCUCAACUCAUCUCCUUAUUUACUUACAACCACUCAGUUAAUUAUGGCUCCAUUUCUUGUAUGACGAAACUUUUGACAUUGCAUUGUGUUGAAUGACAUUUUGUGUUAUAUGCUGCUUGUGCUGGAAAGGACCUUUUGUUUUCCCCCACCAGUCAAACAUCUUGACAAGAAGCGCUUCAGAAGGCUUUUUGGAAAGAAGUCAAUUACUAAAAAUGAAUGAAUGAAAAAAACAAUGUAUAUACUACUACUAACAACGACGAUAGUGUAACAUGCUGCACUGGGGGGACGGGACAAAGAGUGGUUUCCAAAGUGGCUUACAUCAGUAAAAGGUACAAUUCAGAGCUGAUGGCAGGCACUGUAAGUAAAACAAAACAAGACGCAGGCCCAACCCUCAGGCUCCCAAAUGAAAAUGACAAAGAAAGGAGAGCGGAAUAGAGGACAAAGACAGAGGAAGAAGAGCCUGUCUGCCAAUGCCAGAAAGGAGGGAUGAGCUGUGAAACAGGCUUAUAUGGACUGUAAACCAGACUGAUCUUCCCUUGCUGGCUUUCUUACCUGAUUAGAAGUAGCACUUUGGCAGAGAUGGGCUGUGCUUUGGUCAGUUGUCGGUCGGUCUCAGGGCAAAUGGCUUGGAGCUCUUUCUUUUAGUGGCUUUUAGAGAGAGUAAUUGUCUCUCACUUCUGCAGCCACUGGAUGACACGAUCUUAGUGCAAAGUUCCAGUGUUAUGCCUAGGGCUCUUUCUUUGCCUAUCUACUAAAGCAGGCAUGUCCAAAGUCCAUUUUCAGGGCCUAAUCCAGCCCCCUGAAUGGUUCAAUCCAGCCCCCAUGGCAGUUUCUUUCUUGGGGUAAAAUUCAAAAAAAAGGCUCCACAACCUCAACCCUAAAAAAAACACACCUCAACACACGUCCACUUCAUCAAAUCUGACCCUCUUUGAAAAAAGUUUGGGCACCCCUGUACUAAAGCAUUUACUCCCACAAUCCUCUGUUAUGGCAGGUCCUAAGCUCACCAUGGAACAGUUUUUGAAUAAGCUUCCAAAGUCACGGAUUCAAGAUGGGCAAGUGAUCGAUAUCCGAGGAGAAAUUAAAAAAACCCUCCAGGUAGGAUGGAACUCCUUCUCCAGCCUGCAUGUAAUGGAGUUUGAGUCUGGGGUUCCUUCUUCUGGUCAGCACUUCUGCUAAUAGCCAAUACUUUGCAGCAGCAUGGGCUUAGGUACCAUAUCCCUACCUAGAAUCCUUCUCCCUACCAGAAUUUAAUUUCGUGACCAGGAUGUGCCAAAAGAAUAUAGGAUGCACAUGUGGAAUAGCUGCCCUUUUAGGGUCUCCUUCCUUGUCCACCUAAAGCCCAACACAAAUGAUACACAAUGAUAAUCUUUCCCCUUCUGUCUUCAUUUUGGGGAAAGCACAUAUCUAAUCCUAAGUAUCAGAAGGACAGGAAAUUGGGGUUCAUAUCUUCUCACUUCCCCAAAGGCUAUAUAUUAUUGGCAUUCAAAUAGUGCCAUCAAGCUAGUGUGGUGUAGUGGUUUCAGCCCAUGGGCAGCUUCCCCAGACUCUGAGCUUGGAGUCUGAGCUGAGUUUGGAAGUUUUAAUUAAUAGCCAAGGACCCAGGACCAAACCCUUCAAUUCUAAACAGUACAACAAAAGACAACUUUGCUUCAUCACUCUGUUUGGAUGUGCUGAGAUGAGCAGGGCAGCUGAUUCUGUUUACAUUUCUCAGGACAGUCAGAUUUUGACACAGAUUUCCUUCUUUGGUUCCAGGGCUCAGGUGGAAAAAGCCACGAAGUGAUUGUGGUGGAGACCCCUAGUAUUGCAGCAAUGAAGAAGAGGUAAAAAAGAAAAGGCAAUUUCCCCUCUUCACAUUAAUGGCUGUGGCAUCAUGCAGUCUCCUCAAGCUGUAGUGCAGGAGGGGGAACCUGCGGUGCUUCAGAUGUUGCUAGACUACAACUCCCAUCCUCCGUGACAACUGGCCAUGCUGGUUGGGGCUGAUGUGAGUGGAGUCCAGCAGCAUCUGGAGGACCACUAUAGCACUUUCUUUCACACUGAUGCCCUUUAUUCAGAGCUGCAUUGAGAAGUAUGUGAUUUGGGUUCUCAUAAUUCACCUUUGACAGGGGACAGACAAGUCCCUUAUUCACCUGAUUCAUUGAGGGUUUAAGACCCAUCAGCUACCUUCACCUGGUUUAGCUGGCCAGUUGAAGCCAUUUCCUGGGGUGUGGCCACUGUCAGCUUCUAGGGGCCACAGGUGAGAACUGAGUACACCAAAAGCGGUCAAACUGCUGCACAAACUGUCCCCCACCAGAGAUACUGCUCCUUCCUUAAUACCCCAUAUGGGUCGAACAAGUUUCUGCAUGUGCUGUUGAGGGAAAUGAGGGGCAGAUGGGGCUCGUCAACCUGGAAAGGUUUCCCCACCCUCUUCAAAGAAAGCAUUGUCCCUUCUCUAACCAGCUUUUCUGAUCUUCAGGUUGGAAGGGAAUGAAAAAAAGAAGGCCUCCAACCCCAAUGUUGCAACUCUUCGGAUAAAGUCAGAGAAUGGGGAGAAGACCUAUAUCAUCAAGAUGCCAUUCACCGAGACCAUCGGAGACCUGCGCCAGCAUCUUGCCCAGAGCAGGUAGUAACAGGGAUCAUUCUAGCAGAUAAUCUUUUGUAGAAGGUUCUGAACCUUAAACUCCUGAUUCUGCAACUAACAUCAGCAACUAAAGUCUGUACUCACUAUAAACAAAUAGGGGGAAAGUGUGUGUUUUUGCUUAAUGUUGCCAAUUUAUUCAGAUUGAUCUCCCACCUAGAAUCUGGGAGGACCAGGCUUCUGCAAUGCAACAUGGGGAGUAAAUGUUUGGGGGCGAAGGGCAAAUAAUAAACACUUUCGGGGUUAUGACUGACUUUCAGGUUAUUGGGGAGGGACAAGGUAGGAAAGAUCCCAUGGCUUUGGGGGAGUUGAUCUAUCACAUCAUACAGGCAUCUAGGUUCCUGACUCACCUUCCAGUUAAUUUUUCACCAUUGUGUAUCUUACUCCUCACUAUCUGUCCUUAUUUCCUUCUGGUUUUGACCUCUGCUGAGUUGUCUGGUUUCUACCACAACUCCAUAGUGGAGUUUGUACAGAAAAUAAAUACAAGUGCCUGUGAUAUCACAUGUCAGCCUCUUCCACUUUGGCAUUGCUCUCGUAUUUUUGGUUGGGGUCAUGAUACCAUCAAAGCAGGUAGGGCUACUGCCAAGGGAUAGUAGUAGUGAGGAUCCUGGAAAAUCUUGCCAUAGGCACUGUUCAUUCCAUGCCCAAUAUAUGUGGCUGAACCCACAGAGAUUGUUAUGACCACAGGAAACAGGGUAAGCUGCAUAGCUCAGAUGUAGAGAUACAAGGGAUCAUGCAAAGAAUAUGCAUUCUUGAAUGUAAGGAGCCUCUCUAGAGAAUAAAUUGAAGUAUGGUGUUCUGCUGUCUUUUCCUUAGAGAAUCUUCCAAUGACAUUAUUGUCUAGGUCCUGCAGUGACAUAGCAUAGUUUCUGAAAUGCAGACUCUUGGCUUGAUGCCUUCCAAAGCCAAAGCAACAAAGAUGCCGAUAAAUUUAAAACAAUUACUCAAUAUGUGUAUUCAAAUUUUUAAAAUUUUGCAUUAAACAAAUUAUUUGCAUUUGAAUGUCAAAUUCCAAAUCAGCUCACUUACAAGCACUAUUCUGCUCAUUUCCUAGGGGAGAAGAAAUGGAACCUUAUGAGAUCAUCAGCACUUUUCCUUAUCGAGUGUAUAACAACAACUUCAUGACGCUGGAGGAGUGUGGGCUGGUCCCCAAUGCCUCACUUCGGCUGCAGAAAAGGGCCCCGUCAACCAAAUCACAAGGGCAAUAAGUGUAAUGGUUUACAGUGGAUGAUUCAUCAGGCUUGGCUGCCACUCAGCUAGGGAGUAGUGUGCCUUCUUCAGGAGAGCCUGUGCAAAAAUGACAUCCUCUAGUCAGAAACAGGGAAGGACUGACCUUUCCACUUACCCAAGCUCCAACCUUUGUGGCUAUUCUCAGCACUUCAGUCAAAGGAGAAAGCCGGGGUUGGGGUGUAGUUGGAAUACUGGGCAUAGACCCUCCCUUUGUUACCCAGCUUGAGUGGGGCUUAGCCCCAGGUCUAGGUUAUCAUCAGCCUCAAAUGGAUGAAGAGACUCUGGCCCUUGUAAAGCUCUCAUCAGAAACGCUAGACCCUCGCUCCAAGAAAGAGCAGACGGUUGGGCUACUAGUGCUAGCAUGAAGUUUCCCUUUUCUAAGCUGCUGCAUCACCAAAUGAGCGCCGAGUCCCAGACCAUGCACUGCUGCACACUAUGUGCUUGAUAGCACCCACCCUGUUCCUGUAGCCUACAAGGGCCUCACAAAUAGGAUUUACCAACUAUUUGGUGGAGUUAGGGGCACCUGUGAUGCAAGCCUGUUAAUUCAUCUAAUGCAGGUGUGCAGAAACUUCAGCCCUCCAGAUGUUACUGAACUAUAAUUCCCAUCAUCCCCGGCCACUUACCGAGGCUGAUAGGAGUUAUGGUUCAGCAACAUCAGAAAGGCCCAUGGUUCUCCACUAGUUCUAAUGGGAAAGGGAGAUGAACAUUUUUUGCCUUUCCUGAAGCUGAAAAGGAUCUGCGCACCCAAACAUUGAACUUUGUGUGGCCACAAAGGCAACUCAGCCACAUAUAAGCUUCUCCUCCCCUGUGCAAGAGGUUAAACAGGGAGUCCCAACUUCAGCCAGCCCAUACACUGUAAUGCCCCAAAGCUUAGUGAGAAGUGCCUCUCUCCCCCCCUCCCCCAUAGCGUGGAUGCAGUGCCAGAGCAGCCCAUCCCUUGUCUCUGGCAGGAGUGGGGAGUCUUUGUCCCCAUGGAUAUUGCUGAACUACAACUCCCACCAGCCCCAGUAAGUCUAGCCAGUGGUCAGGGAUUAUGGGAGUUGUAGUUCAGCAAAUGCUGGAAGGACUACGUUCCCCACACAUACACUCUGGCUACCGCCAAACAUGGAUGUCCUGCAGUUAAAAACAAGCCAGUGUGUGGGAGAAAUUACCUUUAGCAGGUCUCUUUUGAGGCCACAACAAAACACAGUUAAUUUCUCUUCCUCCGGCGAGUUAUAUGCAAAGCUGACCACCUUAACAGCAACCCACCUUGUUCAAUACAAUGCCCCUUGUUAUUGUUUUCUUGUUUGCCCAAGGCUUGCAAUAUUAGGUAGCGAGUUCUCCCACCCCCUGACUGAUCUUUGUAGUUGUUCAGUAAAGAGGGCCUUGACAGCCAUGUUUCAGGGUGUCAUUCCCUACUCCUUCUGGGAUGGAAUUUGCAUGUUUCAAUGAUCAGUCCAUGUCAAAACCUCCCUUCCUCCAGAAAAUUAGCUGGCCAAAGAGAAGGGUUUUAAAAUAAUUAUUAAGCCACAAUUCUGCUAAAAAGUGGUGUACUGAAUGGGCUCAGCUUUUUUUUUUUUUUUUGACAAGGAGGAAGGACUCAAGCAUAUCAAAUUCCUCUUCUUCCCCACCUUCUUAAUUGUGCCGAAGUUAUGAAGUUGUACUGUUCUGUGAAGACACCAGAUGCUUUUUCUGACCUGUUAAAUUGGUUCUUAGUGCUUACUAAUCCAUGACUGCCUUAUCUACUUAAUUGUUACUGGUUGCAUGCCACAAGGAGAGAUGUCCAAAGUUUGGGUGAUCUGCACCUUUUCAACAGGAACACCAAUGCAUCUGGCCUUCCCUUUGCAUAACACAGCACCUCUAACCCCUAAAAUCACCAGUGCACAGGAGGUCCACAAAUCUCAGCCAUUUGUGCUUAUUGUAAAACUCUGCCUCUUCUGAUUUGAAGCUUUGUCCUGAGUCUCCACAGCCUAGCACCAAUACAGAAACAAGACCUCAAUCUCCCCUCCUUGGUGCCGAACUGGGAGAUGAGGACUACUUUCCUGCCAGACUUAGGCCCAUCUGCACUAUAUAUUUAAAGCUGUAUCCUGCCACUUUAUACAGCAAUGGCUUCCCCUAAAGAAUCCUGGGAACUGCAGUUUGCUAAGGGUGCUGAGAGUUACUAGGAGGCUGCUAUUCCCCUCACAAGGCUAGCUUCCAGAGUUCCUUCCCUCUGGAGAGGGAUCAAUUGUUAAACCACUCUUGAGUACUGAGCACUGAAUGCUGAAUGAUUGAUGGGGAAGAAUAAAAAACAUAAAGCCUGGGGAAAGUGGGAACAGAAAGGCAUAUCCUGGAAGAGAGCAUGCUGGCUGGUUGGCACCCUGAGCAUAAGGAACACACACUGCAACAUUUUGUUGCAGUUCCCAUUUGCAGUCUCAAAUUAAGAAGAGCUCAAAUGAGUAAGCUGACAUUUUACACCGGCUUACUGCCUUCCUCUGUGGGAGGUGAGGGGAACUCCACUUAAAGAAGUAGUGCAUGAUGAGUUAAGGGCCUCUUCUUGGUGAUCGCUAUGAAGUGCAUUUUUCCCUACUAGCACCUUCUGCAUGGCAUUGUUUUCACUGGCAGGUAAUCCCACACAAUGAAUGAAUCAAUCUUGCCAUUGAAUAGACAAAUCGCAACCAAGCCUCCUUCCUAGAGACAACCUGACUGUAACUAGAAACAAUUCAGUGAUGUCACAUCUCCCAUCGUACAUCCACAGCAAAACAAUCCUGGGUUCAGUGCACAAGUCUUUACAAUUUACGCUUUUGUAAUACAUCAACUUCAGUUAUUGAGGAAGGGCG